AGUUCGAUCCGCAAAGUUCAUUGCGCGCAAACAAUGGGUUGUUGCUGGUGCUGAUGACAUGUAUAUUCGUGUUUACAACUACAAUACAAUGGAUAAGGUCAAAGUAUUUGAGGCGCACACGGAUUAUAUUAGGUGUGUGGCUGUUCAUCCUACGCUUCCAUAUGUGCUGUCAUCGUCUGAUGACAUGCUUAUAAAGCUUUGGGAUUGAGAGAAGGACUGGGCGUGUACUCAAAUUUUUUAGGGUCAUUCUCAUUAUGUUAUGCAAGUGACAUUUAAUCCGAAAGACACCAACACAUUUGCAAGUGCAUCUCUUGAUUGCACUAUAAAGAUUUGGAAUCUUGGCUCUCCUGGCCCAAAUUUUACAUUGGAUGCCCAUUUGAAAGGGGUAAAUUGUGUUGAUUACUUCACAGGUGGCGAUAAGCCUUAUCUGAUAACUGGUUCUGAUGAUCAUAAUGCAAAGGUGUGGGACUAUCAAACCAAAAGUUGUGUCCAGACACUAGACGGGCACACCCACAACGUUUCAACUGUUCAGUUUCACCCUGAACUUCCCAUUAUAAUUACUGGUUCAGAUUCCUUACUAGUAGAUUCGUGAGCUUGUUUUGUUCACAAACUUUAAUGUGGUUAUCCUUUGGAUGUCAGAGUCUGGGAUUUAAGGCAUGAAGGGAUGGAAAGAAGCCAUGCUUAAAUUGUCUAAUUAACCAAUAAUUAAAGUUGGAAGUAGUUGUGGUUGAAUUGAGUUAUUGCUUUUAUUGAAUAGAAUAUUGCAAUUUCAAGGAAGAAAAUUUAACUACUCUUGCUAAAUUUGUUGAAUGUAUCCUUGAAUCUGUUUAACACUUUUCUUUCUGUAACUUCGUUUUCUGUUGCCGUUGUAUUCUUUGGACAGGGUUGUAAUUGGUUAUGAUGAAGGAACCAUUAUGGUAAAAAUUGGUCGAGAGGAACCUGUAGCUAGUAUGGACAAUAGUGGAAAAAUCAUAUGGGCUAAGCACAAUGAAAUUCAGACUGUUAAUAUUAGGAGUGUUGGUGCAGAUUAUGAGAUAUUUUUGGAGUAGCAGUUUACUUAUUGUGGAAUGCAGGCUCGUAAAGAUUAAAAUAUUAACCCACAGAAGAAUCAUGACGAAAACUUUUGUUUUUAAUUUACGUUAUUUAGAUUUGUGAACAACAUUAUGUAUGUAUUAUGCAACAUUAUAUAUUGGGAUAAUUUUGCU